AUGCCUGUACCCAGCCUGAUGAACUGAUCCAGCCUGAUGAUCCUAUCACGCCUGAUGACCCAGUGCCCGCUGUCGAGCCAGACGAUCCGGUACCUGAUGACCCGGUGCCCACUGUCAUGCCUGGUGACCCGAUGCCCGCUGUCGAGCCAGACGAUCCAAUGCCUGAUGAACCAGUGCCCGCUGUCAUGCCUGAUGACCCGGUGCCCGCGGUCAUGCCAGUUGACUCGGAGCCCUCACUGUCGUGCUGUCGUGCCUGGUGACUCGGUGCCCGCUGGCAAGCCAAAUGACCUGAUGCCUGGUGACCCAGUGCCCGCUGUCAUGCCUGGUGACCCGGUGCCCGCUGUCGAGCCAGACGAUCCAACGCCAGAUGACCUGGUGCCUGCUGUCGAUCCAGACGAUCCGGUGCCCGCUGUCGUGCCAAUUGACUCAGAGCCCACUGUCGUGCCUGGUGGCCCGGUGCCUGCUGCUCCGCCUGGUGGCCCGGUGCCUGCUGCUCCGCCUGGUGAU